CUUGGUGGUUGGUACUAAGGGUGGAUUUAAGCCGAAUCAAGACUAAACAUUGGUCGGCUUGUGUUUGACGAACUGUUGAAAAAUCAGGAUAAAAGAUGAAAAGGGGUCGUUAGAGAGAAAAAAGAAGAAUGAACCGACAGAGAAAAAGAAAAUUCAGCGUAAAGAUGAAAAUUGGGAAAAGGCGACUACUUUUUAACUCAACCGAUGCUUUUAUGUAACUACCUAAUAAUGGUCCUGGGCACCUCUCACUGGAAAGUACCAAGAUUUAAACUUUAUUUCAAAAAGUGGUUCUGUUCGUUGAAGACGAUGAAUUCAUUCAACUCCAGAACUAGACCAUACGUGAAAAUGUGAAAUUCUACUUGCAAGCAACACGGCCAGGCAAGUCGUUCGUGAGCCUCCCUCAGUCCACCGCCAGCUCGCAAUGAAACAGUCAGAACGACCCGUUUUACAAUUUGGCUCGUUGGCUGUUGCCUUGUCGUUGUUGUGCUCUUGUAUCUCAAACUCAGGGCAAGCAAAUGGUGUGUAAUUUGUUGAAUCAUGAUGGGUGGUGGACUCAGUCAACUUUCGGUAUGCUAUGGCUUUCUUCACUCUGGCUUUAAUCAUCAAUUUUUGUUCUUUUGCUGCUGUUCUUUUUGUUUGGACUUUAAUAAAGAUACCCUAAUUCACCACCCUCGAAAGAAAAAAAAGAAACCUAGAAGCCUUCUAGGCUCUUGCUCAACCAUCAUUUAACCAAGAGUAGCAGUGAGCGAUAUUGAUCAAAUGGCUGAAAGCUGGGGCGGAAGUUUUGACUCUGGUAGCCUGUCAGAUGAGAGUUACCAUUUCGGGAAGAUGCACAUUGAGCCAAUUUAUGAUGCAUUUUUUUGCCCUUUAACAAAGCAAAUUAUGCGUGAUCCUGUUACCAUAGAAAAUGGUCAAACUUUUGAGCGUGAAGCAAUUGAAAGGUGGUUCCAGGAAUGCAAGGAGAGUGGACGGAAGCUGGUCUGCCCUUUGACCCUAAGAGAAUUAAGCAGUACUGAACUUAACCCCAGUAUAGCUUUAAGAAACACAAUUGAAGAAUGGAGUGCUAGGAAUGAUGCUGCUCAACUUGACAUGGCGCAGAGAUCAUUAACUUUAGGCAGCUCAGAGAGUGAUACAUUGCAGGCUCUGAAGUAUGUGCAGUAUUUCUGCAAAACAAGCCGAUCAAAUAAGCAUGUUCUGCACAAUUCCGAGCUAUUACCUAUGAUAAUUGACAUGUUGAAGAGCAGCAGCCAUAAAGUUCGGUGUAAAGCUCUAGAAACACUUCGAAUUGUAAUUGAAGAAGAUUCUGAUAAUAAGGAAAUAUUGGCCCAGGGGGAUACUGUGCGAACUAUAGUUAAGUUCUUGUCACAUGAGCAUUCCAAGGAGAGGGAAGAAGCUGUAUCUUUACUAUAUGAGCUCUCCAAAUCUGAAGUGCUGUGUGAGAAAAUUGGUUCUGUCAAUGGAGCAAUUCUUAUAUUGGUUGGAAUGACAAGCAGCAGUUCAGAAAAUAUCUUGACUGUGGAGAAGGCUGAUAAAACGCUGGAAAAUCUGGAGAGGUGUGAAAACAAUUUGCGACAGAUGGCUGAAAAUGGAAGACUGCAACCUCUUCUAACACAAAUCCUGGAAGGUCCAACAGAAACUAAACUGUCCUUGGCUGCAUUUUUAGGCGAGCUGGCUUUAAACAAUGAUGUUAAAGUGCUAGUGGCAAGAACUGUGGGUUCAUCUCUUAUCAGUAUUAUGAAAAGUGGUAAUAUGCAGGCAAGAGAAGCUGCUUUGAAAGCUCUCAAUCAAAUUUCAUCGUAUGAGUCAAGUGCGAAGGUGUUGAUAGAGGAUGGUAUCCUUCCCCCUCUUGUUAGGGACCUCUUCACAGUUGGAUCCAAUCAGCUCCCAAUGCGAUUGAAAGAAGUCUCUGCUACAAUUCUUGCCAAUGUUGUUAGUUCAGGCUAUGACUUCGACUCGAUCAUAGUUGGACCUGACCACCAGACUUUAGUUUCAGAAGACGUAGUCCAUAACCUACUUCAUCUAAUUAGCAACACAGGUCCAGCAAUUGAGUGCAAACUUCUGCAGGUCCUUGUUGGACUAACUAAUAGUACCACAACUGUUGUGAAUGUGGUUUCUGCCAUCAAAAGUUCCGGUGCUACUAUUAGUUUGGUUCAGUUUAUUGAGGCUCCUCAGAAUGAUUUGCGUGUGGCUUCCAUAAGACUUCUACAGAACCUCUCUUCAUACAUGGGUCAGGAAUUAGCUAAUGCGCUACGUGGCACAGUUGGUCAGCUUGGCAGCCUAAUGAAAGUCAUAUCAGAAAAUACAGGAAUUACUGAGGAACAGGCAGCAGCUGUUGGCCUUCUAGCUGAACUUCCAGAGAGAGACGUGGGUUUGACACAGCAAAUGCUAGAUGAAGGCGCCUUUCAGCUAAUCAUCUCUAGAGUGGUUAGGAUUCGACAAGGAGAGACUAGGGGUUCCCGCUUUGUGACACCAUUCCUAGAAGGGCUUGUAUCAGUUCUUGCAAGGGUAACAUUUAUCUUGGCCGAUGAACCUGAUGCCAUCGCUCUUUGCCGUGAGCAUAAUCUUGCAGCACUGUUCAUUGAACUACUUCAGUCCAAUGGACUCGAUAAAGUACAGAUGGUUUCUGCUACAGCAUUGGAGAACUUAUCUCUAGAAUCCAAAAACUUGACGAAACUGCCCGAGUUGCCUUCACCUGGUUUUUGUGCCUCAAUCUUCCCAUGUUUCAUUGAGCAGCCUGCCAUUACUGGAUUGUGUCAGGUCCACAGGGGAAGGUGUUCACUAAAAGAAACCUUUUGUCUUUUGAAAGGACAGGCUGUGGAGAAAUUGGUAGCACUUCUAGACCACACAAAUGAGAACGUGGUUGAGGCAGCACUGGCGGCAUUAUCUACUUUGUUGGAGGAUGGUCUUGAUAUUGAACAAGGUGUGAUGGUUUUGUGUGAUGCACAGGGUAUCAAGCCUGUUCUUGAUGUGUUACUUGAAAAAAGAACUGAGAACCUGAGGAGGAGGGGGGUUUGGGUAGUUGAGAGAAUCUUGCGAACCGAUGACAUUGCACAUGAAGUUUCCAGAGACCCAAAUGUCAGUACUGCACUUGUUGAUGCCUUCCAGCGUGCCGACUAUCGAACACGGCAGAUUGCUGAACGCGCCCUAAAGCAUAUCGAUAAAAUUCCGAACUUUUCAGGAAUCUUCCCAAAUAUGGGAUGAAACUCUUCCAGAUACCUUAUUUAAAAUUUUACAAAAUGCAGGCGCCUGUAUCUAAUACCUGCUUUGCCGAAGCAGUUUGACAAGAAUUGAUAUUUUCUACAACUUGUCAGGUAGAUAUUGUUUCAUAAAGAGACUUUCAAUUUGUAGAGGAAUUUUAAGCGCCAUUCAUUUAUUCUUAGUUUUGUUGUUUUCAGCAAUAUUUUCAUUCGUGGAGAGCCGGACUAUGUAUUGAACUAGUGAAGAGACCGAUCUUUGAUCAAUUGACUAUGGAAUUAGUUGAUCAUUAGUUAGAUUGGUUUGAUUGUUGUAUUGUUUAAAUAAAUAUUAAAAAAAUAUUCAAAACAGUUUAUUUAUUUAA